GCGGGCCCACGUGGUUAUUGUGGUUAUGUAAUCGCAAGCCGGAACCGCGCUCUUUGCUCCUGCCUUCAUGUCCAAGCUCGCAAAGGAUACAGCCGACUUCAAAUCUACGCUAAAGAGACAGGAUUACACCUCAUGGCACUCCCAGCCGCCACCGCUCGAUUCCCAGUCCCCGGCUCAGCCUUCUCUAAAGAAGAAGAGGCCCAAAUCAAAUAUCGUAUACUCCCAACCUGCGGAUACUGGCACAGGUGUACAUGUCAAUACCCAACUCGUCUAUGCUGUCAACCACCUUAAAUCGACGCCAAACCCGAUGCGGCUGCAAGAUCUGGCAAUUCUUACGAAUACACCGCUUGAUACAGACCGCGUUCUUCUCGAAAAGUUCAAAUCUCAUGAUCGUGUUCUUUGGGACCCAAAGACAGACUUGUACAGCUACAAGCAUGAAUUCAAUUUUCGCAACAAAGCAUCUCUACUCACUGAAAUACAACGACGCACACGGAAAGGCGGUGGUAUAGCCGUCCGUGACUUGAAAGAAGCGUGGAAGGAAGCCCCUGCUGCUAUUGAGGAGCUGGAAAAAGACGGUGAGGUGCUCGUGAUCCGGACAGCCAAAGAUGGCCAGUUGAAGAUGGUUUUCUGGAAUGAGAUAAAACCGGAUGAAGAAAGCGGCGGCAUGCAAGUCGAGAAAGGUGAGUUCGUCGUCCUCUCCUGUCUCCCUUUCUGGAGGAACAUCUCCGGCUCGAGUGGUUGGUCCUGUUGAGGAUUGGGCACGCCUGGGUCACAUCUAUUUCGGGUCAGGCAAAAUGCACCAGAACGUGUUGACAACAGAUAGACAUCUAUUCUAGGACAGGGACGCAGCAGGAUACGUCGGGCGCUACCACUCCAGGUAAACCUGACGUAUCCUGCUGUGGUCGGAACAUCGGACCCUGUCCUUUUACGAGAUCUUUCCCUGCAUUUUGCCCAACGUGAAACAGUCACGAACCAGGAGUGUCCAGGUUGCAACCUAUGACCCGAGUUUUCUACUGAGAAAAUGUG